AUGGCGACGCCGUCAUUUAUGGACCGCGCCUCGGCCUGGUAUGCGGACAACAAGAUCGCGGCCUGGACCAUUGCCGGUGUCACGGUCAUAGUUACAGGCGGCACUGUCUACUACCUCUCACAACCGCCUGCGCCAUCAGAAGCAAGCCGUAAAGCCAAGAAGGAGCGCAAAAAGGCGAAAAAGGGAGGCGUAGAGGCCAGCGCGGAGGAGAAGAAAGCCGAGCCGGCGCCAGCAGCGCCUGCGGUACCCAAGGCUGCUGUUGUGGAAGAGCAGUCCGAGGAUCUUCCUCAUGUCACAGAAGAGUCUGUCGCGCAGCUCUCCGAACAGGAGCGCAAGGACUAUGCGGCCAAGCUCAAAGCUGCUGGAAACAAGGCCUACGGCAGCAAGGACUACAACCGCGCCAUCGAUCUCUACACCCAAGCAAUCCUCUGCAAAGCCGAUCCCGUAUUCUACUCCAACCGCGCAGCCUGCUGGAAUGCCAUGAGCAACUGGGCCAAGGUCAUCGAAGACACCACCGCCGCCAUCAAUCUCGACGCCGAAUACGUAAAGGCAUUGAACCGCCGAGCGAAUGCCUACGAACAGGAGGAYCGCUUCAGCGAAGCGCUUCUCGACUACACCGCCAGUUGCAUCAUCGAUCAAUUCCGCAAUGAAUCUUCCGCUCAAUCAGUCGAAAGGCUAUUGAAGAAGGUCGCCGAGUCCAAGGCCAAGAGCAUCAUGGCCAAGAAAGAGAAGAAACUGCCAUCGCCGACAUUCGUAUCCAACUACCUCCAAUCAUUCCGUGCUAGGGAUCUGCCCGCUGGUCUUGAAAAGACUGCGGACUUGGCAGAGGGAAGCGGCAAGUGGUAUCUCCGUAAGGGUCUCCAGGCCAUCCAGCAACGCACCGGCGAAGGAUACGCGGAAGCUGCAGAAAGCUUCGACCAAGCCAUUGAGAGGAACGACCUCGACAAGCACGAAGCACAAGCCUACAACAUGCGUGGAACGUUCCGCUACCUCAGAGGCGAGAACGAGGCUGCACUAGAGGACUUGAACAAAUCCAUCGAAUUGGACUCGACUUUGGUGCAGAGCUACGUCAAGCGUGCUAGCAUGCAUCUUGAAAACAGCGCACGCGACGCGGCCGCAAAGGACUUUGAAGACGCCGCUUCCCACAACCCAGACGACCCAGACAUCUACUACCACCGCGCUCAGCUCCACUUCAUCCUCUCCGAGUUCAGCGCCGCUGCUACCGACUACCAGAAAUCCAUCGACCUCGAUGGCGACUUUAUCUUCUCUCAUAUCCAGCUCGGCGUGACACAGUACAAGAUGGGAUCCAUUGCUAGCAGCAUGGCAACCUUCCGAAGGUGCAUCAAGAACUUUGGAAACAAGAGCGAUGUAUACAACUACUACGGCGAGCUUCUCUUGGACCAACAGAAGUACCAGGAAGCUGUUGAGAAAUUUGAGACUGCCGUUGAGAUGGAGCGUAAGACUGUUGGGGAGCGUGGAGGUGGCAUGAACGUCCUUCCUCUCAUCAACAAGGCGCUGGCGCUUUUCCAAUGGAAGCAGGACUUUGGUGCCGCCGAGGAGUUGUGCCAGAAGGCUCUCAUCAUCGAUCCCGAAUGCGAUAUUGCUGUUGCUACCAUGGCACAGCUGCUUCUGCAGCAAGGCAAGGUCACCGAUGCUCUUACAUACUUUGAGCGCGCAGCCGAACUGUCAAGGACCGAGGGAGAGAUUGUCAACGCACUUUCCUACGCAGAAGCGACGCGCACGCAACUUGAGGUGCAAGAAAAGUACCCACAGCUCGCCGCCAAACUCCAAGGUAUGGGAGCUGGAGGAAUGGGAGCCCCGAUGAGAUGA